UGGAUCUGUCGCAACUGACGAACAAACGAGAAAAUACGGUGUAUCGCUCUUUGUUGAUAUUCGUUAACAAAACGAACGUAUUGGUGAUGUACAAUUUAUAUCAACAGAGAAAGAAAAAUUAAGCAAACUUUCACAUCAGAUUGAAACGCAGUGAGAAAUAAACAAACAAAUUCAUUUUGUUGAAUUAUCAAAUUUUGUUGUGUGAAUUACUACUAAAUCUGUUGCAAUUGGGAUUACUUUUAUUUGGAGUUGGCCCAAGAGACGAACGCCGCACGACUAGAAGAUACACACAAAAAACGAAUUCGUUGUCAUGAAGAUAACGAUGGAUUUAAUUCAUACCCUGCUCUUGUUGGCAGCAGUUGUCUGCUCAGCAAACGCAUUUUCAAAGUAUGGUCGCACGUGCAAGGACAUCGGUUGUUUGCCGAGCGAAACAUGCAUGAUUGCCAGUGAUUCGUGCAGCUGGAGCCAAACAGAAGGAAAAGAAUGUGGUUCAUAUCCCACAUGCAAAAAGACGAGCACCAUGAACAACAAUUCACCUGGAGAAGAUGGAUCGCCACAUAAUACUGUUACACGUAGACCGUAUGUACCGCCGUCAAAUACUAAUACAGGUGGAGCCAGUGCACCACCAUUAGAGCCAAACAGUGGCAGUGGACAUCUUUAUCCAUCCAUUCCAAAUAAUCCAAAUGCUCCGAGUGCACCAAGUCAACCAAAUAAUUAUCCCGGUUAUAAUCCAAGUGCACCAAACAAUUAUCCCGGCUAUACUCCAAAUACACCAAACAAUUAUCCUGGUUAUAAUCCAAGUGGCGGAAAUAAUAAUCCAUACGGAAAUCGGCAGCCUGAUCCCUAUGGUAACCGGCAACCUGACCCAUACGGAAAUCGACAACCUGAUCCAUAUGGAAACAAAGGUUCAUCAUCAUCGGGCGAUAAAAGUUCGGGAUCAGGUCUAAGUGGUUUCUUCAGCAACAUUUUAGGCGGUGGUGGUGGCAGUGGCGGUAGUGGAAGUAAUACACGUUAUGGAAGUGGUGGCUCAGGCGGUCUUAAUUAUGGAGAUAUUUUCAACGCUUUGGCUGGCGGCAAUCGUGGUGGAUCAGGUGGAUCAGGAGGAAGUGGAGGCCUUUCAGAUAUUUUGAAUUCGUUCGGAAAUCGAGGAUCGUCGAGUGGUGGUGGUGGUUCGGGUGGUUUAGGUGGCUUAUUCGGCGGAGGAGGAAGACAACCACAACAGCCUCAGCCACAACCAUCUGGUGGUUCAACUGGUUCAGAUAACAGUUUCUUAUCUGGAUUAACAUCUUAUUUCGGUAAACAGUUGACUGAUUCAUUGGUGCGGAAUGCUCUCUCUGGAAAUCGUGGAGGCGGUGGUGGAAGCAGUGGAGGUAGCAGUGGUGGUGGUGGUUCUGACUUCAUCAAUACCCUCCGAUACAGCGGUUUGUUCAAUGAAAAUAAUGGACAUGAUGCAAAUAAACCAAAGGUUACCGUUAGCGGAGCAGGACCAGGUGGAUAUCCAACACAAACACCAGCUUAUCCAAAUCAAGCACCGAAUCAACAACAAUCAUACACACCAAAUAACUCAGGCCGAAAUUCAAAUUCAUAUCCAAAUCAAAACCAAAAUGCUCAAAAUCCAAACAACGGAGCUUCUCAAUCGCAAUCAAAUAAAGCACAACCAUAUGGUUGGAAUGUUUAAAACUAAAUCAUAGUCCGUACUUGAUAUGAAUGAACACCAAUUGACGACCGCAAAAUUUGCUAUGUAUUUGUUUUGAGAUUAAAUUUACCAACUGUAGCAUAACUCAUUUUUUAUUAGAUUUUAGAUCAAGAAUACAAACGCACAAAUGUUCACAACUUUCAAAUGAAUAUAUUCACAGUUCGAGUUAAUAAAACAUUUCAUUAAGAAUGAUGCACAAAUUGAACAUGUAAGCAAAAGAAAAUGAUGAUAUUGUAAUAGAAAUCAAGAUGGGCGAAUAUUUUCCAAUAAAUGUAAAAAUUUCGGAAUAGUUCGAUCAAAUUUAA